AUGAACUGGAAUAAAGGCGGCCCUGGCACUAAAAGGGGAUUUGGCUUUGGAGGUUUUGCCAUUAGUGCUGGGAAGAAGGAAGAGCCCAAACUCCCACAACAGUCCCACAGUGCCUUUGGGGCAACCAGCUCUUCUUCUGGAUUUGGGAAGUCAGCUCCACCACAGCUCCCUUCUUUCUAUAAAAUUGGAUCUAAGCGGGCCAAUUUUGAUGAAGAAAAUGCAUACUUUGAAGAUGAGGAAGAAGACUCUAGCAAUGUUGAUUUACCUUAUAUUCCUGCUGAAAACUCCCCUACCCGCCAGCAAUUCCAUUCCAAGCCAGCAGAUUCUGACAGCGAUGAUGAUCCCUUGGAGGCAUUCAUGGCUGAAGUGGAAGAUCAGGCAGCAAGAGACAUGAAGAGGCUUGAAGAAAAGGACAAGGAAAAGAAAAACGUAAAGGGUAUUCGAGAUGACAUUGAAGAGGAAGAUGACCAAGAAGCUUAUUUUCGGUACAUGGCAGAGAACCCAACUGCUGGUGUGGUUCAAGAGGAAGAGGAAGAUAAUUUGGAAUAUGAUAGCGAUGGAAAUCCAAUUGCACCUUCCAAAAAAAUCAUUGAUCCUCUUCCUCCCAUUGAUCAUUCAGAGAUUGACUAUCCACCAUUUGAAAAAAAUUUUUACAAUGAACAUGAAGAGAUCACAAACCUCACCCCACAGCAGCUAAUAGAUCUUCGGCAUAAGCUCAAUCUUCGGGUCUCUGGUGCUGCACCUCCUCGACCAGGAAGCAGUUUUGCUCAUUUUGGGUUUGAUGAACAACUUAUGCACCAGAUUCGGAAAUCUGAAUACACACAGCCCACUCCAAUACAGUGCCAGGGUGUGCCUGUGGCAUUAAGUGGAAGAGACAUGAUUGGUAUUGCCAAAACAGGCAGUGGAAAAACUGCUGCCUUUAUCUGGCCCAUGCUGAUACAUAUAAUGGACCAGAAGGAACUAGAACCAGGUGAUGGACCAAUUGCAGUGAUUGUGUGUCCUACGAGGGAGCUUUGCCAGCAGAUCCAUGCAGAAUGUAAGCGGUUUGGGAAAGCAUAUAAUCUUCGAUCAGUGGCCGUGUAUGGAGGGGGAAGCAUGUGGGAGCAGGCCAAGGCCCUUCAGGAAGGGGCGGAGAUUGUUGUGUGUACUCCAGGCCGACUGAUUGAUCAUGUGAAGAAGAAAGCUACCAAUCUUCAGAGAGUCUCUUACCUUGUAUUUGAUGAAGCAGAUCGAAUGUUUGACAUGGGAUUUGAGUACCAGGUGCGAUCCAUCGCCAGUCAUGUCCGUCCUGACAGACAGACUCUCUUAUUCAGUGCAACUUUUCGGAAAAAGAUUGAAAAACUGGCCAGAGACAUUCUGAUCGACCCUAUUCGAGUGGUGCAAGGAGAUAUUGGAGAGGCAAAUGAAGAUGUGACACAGAUUGUUGAAAUUCUCCAUUCCGGGCCUAGUAAAUGGAACUGGCUUACCCGGCGUCUGGUUGAGUUUACCUCUUCAGGGAGUGUUCUCCUGUUCGUUACUAAAAAGGCCAAUGCUGAGGAGCUGGCCAAUAACCUUAAACAGGAGGAUCAUAAUCUUGGGCUGCUUCAUGGAGACAUGGAUCAGAGUGAAAGAAACAAGGUCAUUUCAGACUUUAAGAAAAAGGACAUCCCCAUCCUGGUGGCCACAGAUGUUGCAGCCCGUGGUCUGGACAUUCCUUCAAUUAAGACUGUCAUCAACUAUGAUGUGGCUCGAGACAUUGAUACCCAUACUCACAGGAUUGGCCGCACAGGACGAGCGGGUGAGAAGGGUGUGGCUUAUACCUUGCUAACUCCCAAGGACAGCAAUUUUGCUGGUGAUCUUGUCCGGAACUUGGAAGGAGCCAAUCAACAUGUUUCCAAGGAACUCCUAGACCUGGCGAUGCAGAAUGCCUGGUUUCGGAAGUCCCGCUUCAAAGGAGGGAAAGGCAAAAAGCUGAACAUUGGUGGCGGAGGCCUGGGCUACAGGGAGCGGCCUGGGCUAGGCUCUGAGAACACGGAUCGAGGAAAUAACAACAAUGUAAUGAGCAACUAUGAGGCCUACAAGCCCUCCACAGGAGCCAUGGGAGAUCGGCUGACGGCGAUGAAAGCGGCUUUCCAGUCACAGUACAAGAGUCACUUUGUUGCCGCCAGCUUAAGCAACCAGAAAGCUGGAAGUUCUGCUGCUGGGGCAAGUGGAUGGACAAGUGCAGGGAGCUUGAAUUCUGUACCAUCUAAUUCAGCCCAGCAGGGUCUUAACAGUCCUGACAGCCCCGCUGCUAGUGCCACCAAGAGCGUCCCAGGCUUAGGCAAUCCUGGGAACCUCAGCAGUGCCCCAGUGACCUACCCCACUCCCGGAGCCCAGGGAGUCAACAACACAGCUUCAGGGAAUAACAGCCGAGAAGGGAUUGGGGGUAGCAAUGGGAAGAGAGAGAGAUAUACUGAGAACCGGGGUGGUAGCCGUCACAGCCAUGGAGAGAGUGGCAAUCGGCAUGGUGAUAGCCCACGUCAUGGAGAUGGUGGUCGCCAUGGAGAUGGAUACCGCUAUCCAGAAAGCAGCAGCCGUCAUACUGAUAGCCAUCGUCAUGGGGAGAACAGACAUGGAGGAGGUGGAGGCCGACAUGGAGAGAGCCGAGGUGGAAAUGAAGGCCGAGGUGCAAAUGAUGGUCGAGGUGCAAAUGAUGGUCGAGGGGUAAAUGAAGGUCGAAGUGCAAAUGAUGGCCGGAAUGGUGAAAGCAGGAAAGAAGGUUGUAAUCGUGAGAGCAAGAUGGACCCCAAGGUGGUGGAUAGCAGUAAGAUGGAUAAGAUGGACAGCAAGACAGAUAAGACAGCUGAUGGUUUUGCUGUCCCCGAGCCACCCAAGCGCAAGAAAAGUCGAUGGGACAGUUAG